AUGGCGUCCAGCGGGCUGGCUCUGCAGUCGGGCGUGGCCGCCAGGGGCGCGGCGCAUCGCCUCAAGGCGCCGGCGCUUCGCCGUGAAGCCGGUGGCGCCCGGCCGCAUCGCGAGACGGCAUCCGGCCCGCGGUGCGAGGCGUCGACGUCUGGGGCGGACGCGCCGCUCGGCGUCGAUCGCAGGGUGGUACUAGGGGCGGCGGCCGCCGCGGGGGCCGCAGGUGCGCUGGGACUGGGCCUGCCACCGGCCGCCGAGGCCAACCGGGUGGUGUCAUCCAGCUGGGAGCAGGUGGAACUCCCAAUCUCACCAGAGAUCGUCUUGUUGGACAUAGGGUUCACAGGAAGCAACCCAAACCACGGCUUUCUUCUGGGCACUCGGCAGACCCUCCUUGAGACGACUGACGGCGGUAGUACAUGGACCAAGAGGGACAUCCAGGCAGCCCUGGACGAGGGAUUCAACUACAGAUUCACGUCCAUCGACUUUGCUGGUGACGAGGGCUGGAUCGUUGGCAAGCCGGCCAUCCUGCUGCACACCACAGAUGGGGGCGCAAACUGGGAACGCAUACCGCUCAGUGGCAAACUGCCAGGCACCCCCAUUGUGAUCACUGCACUGCCAGGGGCAAAGGGGCAGGCAGAGAUGACCACAGACCAGGGUGCAAUCUAUGUCACAAGUGAUGGGGCAUACACGUGGCGUGCAGCGGUGCAAGAGACGGUGGAUGCCACACUCAACAGGACUGUGUCCAGCGGCAUCUCCGGUGCCUCAUAUUAUGAGGGCUACUUUGCCAACAUCAACCGCAGCAAGUCAGGUGACUAUGUGGCUGUCAGCUCCCGAGGCAACUUCUACAUGACCUGGUCCCCAGGGGACCAAUUCUGGUCGCCCCACAACCGUCCUAUCGCCCGCAGGGUGCAGAACAUGGGCUGGACGGUUGACAACAAGCUGUGGCUGACGACGCGAGGGGGGGACGUUUAUGUUGCCAGCGACCCCGGCAUCUCUGAGAGCUUCAAGCAGACACAGAUUGGUGCAAGGGGCUUCGGGAUCCUGGACGUUGGGUUCAGGAAUGAAAAGGAAGGCUAUGCCUGCGGCGGCAGCGGCAGCCUUUUCAAGACGGUGGAUGGCGGGAAGACGUGGAAGCGUGACCGGAGCUUUGAUGACAUCCCAGCCAACCUGUACGACAUCAACUUCAAGAAUGGCAAGAACGGCUUCGUCCUUGGAAACAACGGCGUGCUUCUCAAGUACAUCGCCUGA